AUGGCGCGGAUUUCUUACAAAAAGUUUUUUCUUUUCCUACUAUUAGGGAACUUGUUUCUAUUCUCAUUUCAUGAUGCUAAACUGAAUUUUAACAAAAACUCCUUAGUACUUGAAUUUCAGGAAUGUAUAAGUUCUAAUCCUACAUUCAUAGACUUGAGAGAUAAAUAUGAAGGAUAUGUGCAAAUCAUAGAAGAUAGUACAUGUUAUUCAUACAUUUAUACCGGCUAUUCUAUGAUCUACGAAAAAGCUCAUUACCAGAAUGAAUUAUUUAAUGAGAAAGUCCUUGCCCCAGUGAACCAACAUUUGGUUGAUCCGAUCAAAACUAGUGUCUAUGAAGCUUGGAAAUCAAAUUAUCAAAAGUUCAUCAAACCAGUCUUGAUAUGGGUUGUGAACCAUUACGAAAAGUAUCUUUCACGCCAUGUUGACAUUGCAAAAUCUUACCUUGAUGAUCUCUAUCUCAUAUUAUCGCCUCACGUCAGAAAGUACAGUAAAAUUGCUGCUGCUCAGAGCAAAUCAUCUUUGACAAAAAUUUAUGAAAAGGUCUCAUACAAUUGGAAUUUAUAUGUUGCUCCAUACUUAAGGUUUGUCAAAUAUUAUGUUCUUGAGAAAUUCUGGAGGGCAUUUAUUAAUUUGAGGAUAUCUUAUUACGUGUCUCUAUUACCUACUUUCAAGAGAUCAAUCUACCACUUUAAUCAUGUGUUAAUUCCUUCAUAUUAUAAUAAGAUGAGGACCCAAGUCACACAUAAUUUGAUUCCAAGUAUUCAAGGCAAGUUUUAUGAGCUCGUGGAAUCUUUCCAAACCUAUUUUAAGAAUUUAUUUACAGUUUACAUUUAUCCAAGGGUUUUGUAUUAUGCUAGAUUAAUUGAAACUCCGGUUAACUAUUAUGCUGGACUUGCUGUUCAGAAGGUUCUCUUAUUUUUCCAAAAAAUUGUCAUCCCAUUAGGUGUUAAAUCUUUGUUCGCUCUUAAGUCUCUUGUUUCGAAAAUUAUUUUCGGUUAUUUGAAACCAGCUUUGCAGUGUAUCUGUGAAAAUGUUCAACUGUUAUUUGGACCUUAUUACUUGAAUGAUAGAGGUGAAAAUUUAAUUGUGGAAUUUUUUCUUCAAAUUUACUACGGCUUCAUUAAUGCGUAUAAUGGCGUUGUCGGAAAGUACUAUGAGUUCUUGACUUCUGACCCCUUGGAUGAAGAGAUUGAUAGAUUGUCUGCUUUAUUGACUAAAUAUGCUAUGUCAACAUAUGCUGCGGGUCUCGGAACUGCCACGGCGUUUUCUUUCGCGACCUCCGAACCUUAUACAACUUCCUCAAGUCUUGAUAGUCUAGAAACCGCUAAAUUCCUUAAGAGUGACUUAGAUUCAAGUUUAACCCCUGUUGAAAAACAAAUUCAAACUUGGCAAGAAGUGGUUUCUAGUACUUUUGAUAGUGUUAUCGAAGAUUUUCAGGGUGAAUUUUUGAAAUUUGAGGAGAACUAUGUUCAAGAAAAUUUCAAACCGUUGUUGGAAUCUAAUCUCAGAAAUCUUAAUGAUUAUAUCAAUAAAGGCUACAUGAAAAUACAAAAAUCCAUUCGCGAAAUUGACUCAGCAGAUAUCUUUUUGAAUAAAGAAAACUUCAUAAUUAACGCCGAUUCUUUAAAGGAACCAAAAUCUAAAUCCCAAAAUGAAGAUUUGAAGUACUUUAAGACAGAGUAUCCUGAUGAUGCCAUUGAUUCAUAUGGAUUGAAUUAUGAUAAUUAUUUGGAACUUAUUGAUGAGAUCUCUUAUAUGAAUGACUUAGGUUACAACAACUCUUUGCUCUAUAAAGCCAAAAAUGACCCUGAUUUUGAAGACAGGGAAUUCUUUUUAGAAUAUGUUAUCGCUGGUGUUGACAUAGAGGCAUCAUUUGGUGAAGUCUACGGUUUAGAGGAUGAACAUAAUGUUAAUAAAUUUACAUUACUCUCGCCUGGUGAAUAUAUUAUUACCUCAAGUUUAUUAAAAAGAAUUACUUUAAGCAAUAAUAAUAGAAAUGUUAUCAAAAAAGUGGAUAGAAAGACCGUUAGAGAGCAGUUCUCAGAGGCUAGAGGUGGUAUUGAGCAAAAAGGAGAAAUUAUGAAGAGUGUUAUUGAAAACGGAUUCUAUGAAAUUUUAGAAGAAUUCAAUAAUUUGAAAUUCAGAAAUUUGGAAAUUUUUGAAGAAUUUAGUGAUAUACUCUUGGAUGAAUGGGAUAAAAAGUUUGUGGAAUAUCUUGAAAGAGAUUCUACCGCAUCUAGUGACGAUGAUGGAAGUUUCUUAUUUGAUAUUGACUCGAUUAUCGAGCCUGCGGCUGAAGGAACCCAGGAUUCUCAAGAAAUUGUUAAUUUCUAUGAGUCAAAAAAGGAUUUGUACGAAUCGGAGCUUGAGAAAAAGAAACAGAAGAAGAUCAAAAUUCACCAUGCUAAGAAUUGGAAGAAUUUCAAAGAGUUCUACAAAAUUAAGGAAACUUUAUCGGAAACCCGUAACAAGCUUAAUGAAUAUCAACCUAAUUUACAACCUGCGCAUGAUAUUGCUAGCCAGAUAGAUAAAGUUGUCGGGAUUCUUAUGUCUGAGUCUAAUCAAUAUUUGGAUAUUCUAAGAGCACAAGCCAAUUUGGCUUUUCAAUUCCGUGAAGAAUUUGAAAAGAAUGAAAGAAUUAGAAGAUAUUAUAAAUUCAAUGGUUAUCCGACCUUGAGUGAAGAAGAAAUUAGACAAGAAAAGGAGAGACAAAAAAAAUUAAUUGAGGAUAAAGAAAGCAUCAAUGAAUCUGUUAAAAAGCUGGAAGAGGAAAGAAGAAGAAUGCUCACAGUGCUACUUGAUGGUAAACCUGAUGACGAGGAGUACAUUCAAGCAAAGCUCUCCAGGCCAAAAGACCCCGAGGAAAUAAUUUCCGAAUUGGAGUCUGACAAUAUUGAAUAUUAUUAUGAUGAUGACGGCUAUUAUUACGAUGGAUUUGAGAUCUAUGAUGCGCCUGAACAAAUUGUCACCAAGUUUAUCGUUGUCAACGACGAAGAUGGUAGUGAACAUACAUCAACAGAAAGUGUAACUUUUGCUACUACGGAAACUCCGGAAGCAGAAGCACAAGCCGAAACGAAUUUUGAGUCAGAGGUUUCUAUUUCAAAUAUUGAAGAUUUGAGCCAAACUAUAGAACCGGAGAAAGAACAGGAAGACUCGGAAGCUAUUGGUGAUUUAUUGAAGGAAGAAGAACCAAGUCAGGCAGUUUCAGAAUUUGACGAAACAGUCUCUGAAACUGUGGAUGGCACUCAUGAACUGGAAGAAUCUCAAAAGACUGUAACCAGCCCUCUUGAAAACAGUAGUGAAGCUGUCACUAUUGGUGGUUAUCAAGCUUCUGCUGCUGUGGAAAGGAUAGAAAACAAUGCUGAUGAAAAUACAGAACUUGGAACUGAUACUACUUCUUUCGAAUCAGAAAGUGCUGGUAACCAUACUCAUAGUAAGUUAGGGAUUGCUAGCGAGGAUUUAGAUUUGGAUAUUUCAAUUGAGUCUACAGAAGUUCCAGCCGUAUCAACAGAAGUUCCAACUGAGUCAAUGAAAGUUCCAAUUGAGUCAACAGAAAUUCCAAACGAGUCUACUGAAGCUCCAACCGAGGCAGUUCAAAUUGCAGCCAAGUCAACCAAAAUUUCAACCAAGUCUUUCGACACAAAUGAAGAAAACUCCAAGUCUUUAGAUUGA